UUUCCUCAACUGAAUCGGAAUUUCACUCUCCUCACAACCAAACGGUUAUCAGAUAUUAUUGCCCCCCGGCAUGAGUUACAUUCGGAGAUGGACAGAAGGUAUUUUCAGUUUGUAGUUUAUGACUGUUAAAUCUUCGAAAAACCUCUGCAAAUGCAAAAUAUUUCCCAAAUUCUUUAGUUAGAACUGUUUAUUGAAAUCAACUACCAGAAGCAUUCCUUACAGUUCACAGAUUCUAUCCGCCAUAUCUUUGAGUUGCUUUAAUGGCUCUGGCACCUACUCGCCAAUUACACUUCGAUUCCUUUCAAAGUUCCUUCUCCACAUUCUAUGGUACUCCUCUCCGAUUCCUCAGGUGCAAUUCCUCAAUUCCUCUAAAAGCUCAGACUUUUUAUGCAAAUAACGAGAACCCACCUAGGAAAUCCAUACCUGUUUCUCAACAGAAACUCGUUAACUUAAGUUUAUCGACUAGCAGUUGGUUCUCUAAAUGGAAAAAACCCAAUAAAGAGAACCGCCCAAAACCCCCUCAGCCAGUGCUAAAUUAUCGAAUUAGUAACAAUAAUGAUAGUGGCGGUAGUACAAUGGAAAGAAUUGUAGAGAAAUUGAAGGAACAUGGGUACAUAGAUGGUGAUGCUAAUGGCAAGAAACAGAAAACACCAGAGAGAGCAGAGAAAGGGAGCGUAGAGGAUAUAUUCUAUGCGGAAGAAGGAAUUUUGCCAAAUUCAAGAGGUGGGUUCUCGAAGGAAUCUCCUUUAGGAGUAGAAGAUGUGUUUAAAAGUAAUGAGGAUGUGAGGUUUCCAUGGGAGAAGCCUAAAAAGGAGCAGAAUGAUAAUGGGAAGCAGUGGACGGCGCAGAGCAAGAGUAGGACGGCUUUGGCAGAGUUGACAUUGCCGUUGUCAGAGUUGAAGAGGUUGAGGAACUUGACUUAUCAAAUAAAGAGCAGGGUCAGGGUUAAGGGUGCAGGGGUUACUCAGGAAGUGGUGGAUACCAUUCAUGAGAAGUGGAAGACAUCAGAGAUUGUGAGAGUGAAAGUUGAGGGAGCACCUGCCCUUAAUAUGAGGAGGAUGCACGAGAUAUUGGAGAGAAAAACUGGUGGUUUGGUGAUUUGGAGGUCUGGAACUUCUGUAUCUUUAUAUAGAGGUGUGAGUUAUGAGGUUCCAUCAGUGAAACUUAGCAAACGGAGUUUGAAGAGGAAUGAGAUGUUGACUGAUUCCUUAUCAGCCACCACUGCUAAAAUAAUUAGAUUCCCUUCUAAAACUUCUAAUAAUGAAUUGGAUGUGCAUCAAUCAAACUCGCAUGCUACUGCUAAAGACAAGGAGGAGAAAGAAACGGAAAGGCCAGAACAGGUAGAAUAUGAAGACGAAGUAAACAAACUGUUGGAGGGUUUGGGUCCCAGGUGCACGGAUUGGGGUGGCAUGGAUCCAUUACCUGUAGAUGCUGAUAGGCUUCCUGGUUUCGUUCCUGGUUACAAACCUCCAUUCAGGAUACUUCCUUAUGGAGUGAGACGUACUCUUGGACGAAAAGAUGCAAUGAACUUACAGAGGCUUGCAAGAGUUAUUCCUCCACAUUUUGUAUUAGGUAGAAGCAGGCAGCUCCAAGGCUUGGCUGCAGCUAUGAUCAAAUUAUGGGAAAAGAGUUCGAUUGCAAAGAUUGCUCUUAAACAUGGUGUACAGCUGACUACUAGUGAAAGAAUGGCUGAAGACAUUAAGAAAUUGACUGGGGGUACGCUGCUUUCUAGAAACAAGGACUUCUUAGUAUUCUAUAGGGGAAAGGAUUUUUUGUCACCAGAUGUCGCUGAAGCAUUGGUAGAAAGAGAGAGAUUGGCAAAAUCCUUACAAGAUGAAGAGGAGCAGGCACGGUUAAGAGCAGCAGCCUUGGUUGUACAAAGUGCUGAAACAAUGGAACAAUCAGGAACUGCAGGCACUCUUGAGGAAACUCUGGAUGCAAAUGCAAGAUGGGGAAAGAAUUUGGACAAUAAACACAGUGAAAAAAUUAUGAGAGAAGCUGAAAUAGCCAGGCGUGCCAAGCUUGUCAGAAAGCUUGAGAGCAAGCUUGCUUUUGCUGAACGAAGGCUAAUCAGAGCUGAACGAACCUUAUCUAAGGUGGAAGAAUCUUUAAAACCAGCAGAAAGACAGGUUGAUCCAGAAAGCAUAACUGAAGAGGAGAGAUUUAUGUUCCGCAAGCUUGGUUUGAGGAUGAAAGCUUUCUUACUUCUUGGUAGACGUGGAGUUUUUGACGGUACAGUGGAGAACAUGCACUUGCACUGGAAGUAUCGUGAGUUGGUUAAGAUCAUUUUGAAAGCCAAAAAUUUUGAACAGGUCAAAAAAAUUGCAUUAGCACUUGAAGCUGAAAGUGGGGGUAUCUUGGUUUCGGUAGACAAAGUCUCCAAAGGUUAUGCUAUCAUUGUAUAUCGAGGAAAGGAUUACCAGCGACCAUCCACAUUGAGGCCAGGAAAUCUCUUGACGAAAAGGAAAGCUUUGGCUCGUUCAAUAGAGAUGCAAAGGCGCGAGGCUCUCCUGAAUCAUAUUUCAGCUCUGGAGAAGAAAGUGAACAAAAUAAGAAGUGAAAUUGAACAAAUGGAGAGUAAAGGAGACGAGGAAAUGUACGACAGAUUAGAUGCUGCAUAUCCUACAGAUGAUGAUGACACUGAGGAGGGAGGAGAUGAAGCAUAUAUUGAGGCACACAACAUUGAUAAUGAUUCUAAUUAUGAUGAUGAUGAUGAUGAUGAAACUGACAACAUAGUUCAUAAUGUCCAUCCGGAAACAAGCUUUCCUUAUUAUGUCCAGAAUCAAGAAUCUGAAACAGAAACUGAGAGUUAUGAUCAGUUUCCUGAGACAUUCAAGGGCAAAACUGAUGGUGAAGAAGAUGACGGUGAAAGUGAAAAUGUUGUUCAAAAUAGUCAUACAAGUUUUCAGUACGAUGUCCAGAAUCAAGUAUCUAAGAAUCAAUUUGAGAAUGACAGACAUGAAGCAGUUCUCGAGUCUCUUGAAGGUGAAACAGAUGACUUUGAAGUUCAGAAUCCCCUUUCAAAUUUUCCCAUUGAAGUGUCCGAGGAAGAAGUUGAGUUUCACAGAGAACAUGCAUAAGCACCAAGGAACAUGGUGUGCACAAGCACGGAGCGAAGGGACAAAAAUACUGGUUUAUGUUGAUUGACCUAAUUACAAGGCACGAGGUAUAACUGCAGAACAAUUUAAACGAGAAUGUUGCCAUUGCCUAACAGCAAUUAAGAUCUCCAACCACCUUCAAAUCUGUUAUGAUCCUAGUUGCAAGGUACAGACAUCUCCGAGAGCAUGCAUAUAUACCUAUAUUCACACAGGCUUUUGUAGUAAAUUGGUGCAUUUGGCUCUUGUUGGCUAUUUACCAUUUUUUUCAUAUGGCUGUGAAGUAUAAUUAAUGUGGAACAAGUUCAAAGCUUGACCAGCUUUUCUGAUAUAAGAAAGAAAGACGAAAAUUGUAUAUGUCAAUGUCAUUCUUAGCAAGCCUUUCUGGCUUCUGCAGUAAAUGAUCUUGUAUGCCACUGUUCAAAAUUCUAUAAUACAUGUUAUGGAAUAUUUUUCCAAGCUUA